AAUCAUGCAGCUUAGAACGGAUAUAAAAGAUGGAUUCAGGUGAACGGACAGGAUCACACACAGCAACCAUGAGGUCUCUGGUCUUCGUUCUGCUCAUCGGAGUCGCUUUUGCCACGGAGGACGACAAGAUCGUCGGUGGGUAUGAGUGCACGGCACACUCUCAGCCCCAUCAGGUGUCUCUGAACUCUGGGUACCACUUCUGCGGUGGCUCCCUUGUUAAUGAGAACUGGGUUGUGUCUGCUGCUCACUGCUACAAGACUCGUAUUGAGGUGCGUCUUGGAGAGCACCACAUCAGAGUCACCGAGGGCAGCGAGCAGUUCAUCAGCUCUUCCCGUGUCAUCAGAAACCCCAACUUCAACCGCUACACCCUUGAGAAUGACAUCAUGCUGAUCAAGCUGAGCGAGCCAGCCACCCUCAACCAGUACGUGCAGCCUGUGGCUCUGCCCAUCAGCUGUGCCCCCGCUGGCACCAUGUGCAGGGUCUCCGGAUGGGGCGACACCAUGAGCUCCUCUGCUGACGGCAACAAGCUGCAGUGCCUGAACAUCCCCAUCCUGUCUACUGCGGACUGUGAGAACUCUUACCCCGGCAUGAUCGACAACACCAUGUUCUGUGCUGGAUACCUGGAGGGAGGCAAGGACUCCUGCCAAGGUGAUUCUGGUGGCCCCGUUGUGUGUAACAAUGAGCUGCAGGGUGUCGUGUCCUGGGGCUACGGAUGUGCUGAGAGGGACUACCCAGGUGUCUACUCCAAGGUGUGUGUGCAGACUCAGUGGCUGCAUGAGACAAUGGCCAGCUAUUAACUCCACAUCCAACCUCCUCAUCAGACACUGUCCAAAUGCCAUCUUGUCUGAGCUGGAGUCAAAAUAAAACAAAUAAACUGUUUGACAUUA